ACCAUCAAACACGUGUUAUCGUCAGGUCUGAGAAACGCUUCUCAAAAUGAAAACAACAACACAUAUAUCCGGAUUCUAGACCUCUUCUGAUCGUCAUGAGAACUUUACGCGUUUUAGAACUAUACAGCGGUAUCGGCGGGAUGCACUGUGCUCUGACAGAGAGCUGCCUUCCGUUUGAGGUGAUACUUGCGAUUGAUAUCAACACAACAGCAAACAAAGCAUACCGACAUGCAUUCCCAGCCACCAAACUCUCCGAGUGUGGAAUAGAGACACUGACAGAGAAGCAAUUAGAUGAGUGGAAAAUUGACAUGAUAGUUAUGAGUCCGCCCUGUCAGCCAUUCACUCGUGUCGGCAAAAAGUUGGACACUGAAGAUCUACGUACCAAGUCAUUCCUCCAUCUUCUAAGUCUCCUGCCAAGACUGACCAACUGUCCAUCCUACAUCCUAGUGGAGAAUGUAAAAGGAUUCGAGUCAUCACAGACCAGGGACCGACUGAUAGAAACACUGCAUACCUGUAGAUUUAACUUACAGGAAUGUCUGCUGACUCCCUUGCAGUUUGGAAUUCCAAAUUCCAGACUCCGUUACUACCUUAUAGCCAAGAGAGCACCAUUGAAGUUCUGCUUUAAAACUACUGAAAAGAUUCUAGAUACGAUACCAAGCUGUGCAUCAAGAUGGCUGUCAUACAAAUUGCGUAAAAGACAUGGUAGUAGUACAGUUUCUGGUUCAGCUGAAACCACUCUUACCACCGACACCAAAAAAUCUGCUGGAAUCACCCCAUCGUCAACUGUUGCCACGGACACCGCAGAUACAUCAGCUAAUACAUCAGGUGGUAAUGAUGUACCAAUCACCACUAUCAGUAGCAAUGAACUUCUUUCACAAAACUGUUCAAAUAUUUCCGGAGAAGGUGAUAAAAAGGGACAUUUGGUUGUGCCGGAAAUGUUAAGUUCUAAUAGUUGUUUACCUGGGAGGGAUGAAUCGGAAAAUACAGAUAAAUACCGGGCACUACUCAAGUAUGGCCAUAACAUGAGGCAGCUAGAGACUGAUGUCCGCAAACUAUCUGAGGAGUGUGUGAAUCUUGAACACUUUCUGGAACAACGAGAGCCAGAUUAUUUUAAUGCAUAUAACCUUACGGACAAGGAGCUGCGCCGGUUUAUAGUCAUGGACAUUGUUCACCCUUGUCUCACCAAAACUAUCUGCUUCACGAAAAGGUAUGGUCACUUCAUGGAAGGAGCAGGAUCAAUUGUUCAGAUGACCACAGACGUUGAGGCUGUAAAGAGAGCUAGUGAGUUCAAAGACAGUGCCAUGGAACUACAGAAUCGUGAUGAGUGGGGGACAGAGGAGAUAUCUAUCAUCAGGGCCCUACAGCUACGAUACUUUACACCGAGGGAGAUUUCCAACCUUCUCUGCUUCCCUCAGAACUACAGUUUUCCAGAAGACUUGUCAAGAAUACAAGCUUACAGGUUGCUAGGCAACAGUUUGAAUGUCCAUGUAGUGUCCGUUCUGUUGAGGAUGUUAGUCGAAGGGGACACCUGAUGGAGAAAGAUUAUAAGACUUUAUCGUAAUUGAACUGUGGUCCAGAUAUAAAGACCCGAUUAGAUGAAAAAAAUACUUAGAGAAUGGCAUGUAGACCCAAAUAUUCCAUGUCAGUUCCCAUCUUAAUGUAACCUCCAAUAUGUUAAGUAGUAAGAUAUACCAGCGGCCAGAGUGACUGUCUUGAUCCGACACCAUCACAAGCCUACCUGAUAUUACAUGCAGAUAGAAAUGGAACAGAAAUUGUAUAAAUCUACUGAUCUAGCAGAUGUGUUGAUAUUGAUCCUGUUUAAAAUAAGUUCAUGCUUGCAAAAGUAAUAUUUGUAUCCUUGCAUCGUCAUUGAAUAUCAAAAUCAGAAACCCAGAGUUCCACUGGGGUUCAUUUAUAGAUGUUUUACUGUCUGCAUGAGGAAGAUCGGGAGAUAUAUUCUGGAAUCAAUCAGAUUCAUGAUAAUUGUCAAGUGCAAUUAAAGGAUGUGUAUACUUAUUUAA